AUGAGGACACUCAGUUGGAACUGUCGAGGUCUAGGCUGUGACUCGACAGUUCGACGCCUUAAGGAGAUAGAUAGGAAAUAUCUCCCGGACAUCAUAUGCCUUUCAGAAACAAAGCAACCAGAUGAUUAUGUUAGGGAUGUUGGCGCUCAACUUGGUGAUGUGUAUUCAGUUUUAGUUUCUCCGGUUGGAAUAGGGGGUGGUUUGGUUAUCUUUUUUAAGCAUCAUGUUCAGCUUUCAGUUAUUAGUAGUUCUGUAAAUCUCAUCGAUUGUAAAGUUUCCUGCAAUGAAAAUCUCUUCUACUUGUCGUUUGUGUAUGGUCAUCCAAACCAAGCGUAUAGGCAUCAUACUUGGGAGAAACUGAUGAGACUUAGCAUCAACAGAAGGCGUGAACCUUGGUUUGCACUAGGGGACUUCAAUGAGAUUUAUAGUAAUAAGGAAAAGAUAGGGGGAAGGAUACGGCCAGAGGCUUCUUUUCUUGACUUCAGAAACAUGAUGAGAGUUUGUGACUUCACGGAUCUUCAGUCAGUAGGUGACAGGUUCUCAUGGGCAGGAAAAAGAGGAGAUCAUGUUGUUAGAUGUUGUUUAGAUCGAACCAUGGCAAAUAGCAGUUGGUUUGAUCUUUACCCAGCUUCUCACACAGAGUAUCUAGAGAUAGGUGAAUCAGAUCACCGUCCAAUGGUCACUUUUAUGUCAGCAGAAAGAGAGAUACCUCGACGAUACUUCAGAUAUGAUAUGCGUAUGUUAAAUAAGGAAGGUUUUCAAGACUCAGUAAAAAGAGGAUGGAGAGGAAUGGGACAAGCUCAACUGGUCAGGGAGCCACUAACACAAAGGAUCAGAAGAUGUAGACAGCAUAUCUCGCAAUGGAAAAAACUUCACCGCAAUAAUUCAGAAGAGAGGAUUGGGAUAUUAAGAAGCAAUUUAGAUAAGGCUUUUAUUUCCAAUAACUACACGACAGAGGAUAAGAAUGCUAUCAGGGAUGAACUUAACCAGGCUUAUCUUGAGGAGGAGAUAUUUUGGAAACAGAAAAGCCGAAUUAUGUGGUUGCGAUCAGGAGAUAGAAAUACAAGAUACUUCCAUGAGGUUACAAAAGCCAGACGGGUCAGAAAUACUAUACGAUCUAUUCAAGAUGAUCAAGGAGUUAUACGUAAAGGACAUAAGGAGGUUUCAGAUGUUGCUACUUCAUACUUCCAGAAUUUAUAUGCGUCUGAAGAAAUAAACAGCGGGCUCUACACAGAGGUUUUCUCAGAUUUUACAUCAAGAGUUACUCAGGAAAUGAAUGAUGAUUUAGUAAGACCGAUCACUGAAGAUGAAAUUCAAGCAGCUCUGUUUGAUAUGGGACCUCACCGUGCUCCUGGGCCAGAUGGAUUCUCAGCAGCUUUUUAUCAGAAGUUUUGGGAAGAUUGUAAAGCUGAUAUACUGGAAGAAGUUGAGAGGUUUUUCAACUCUGGUGAUUUGGACCCACAACACAACCACACAAACCUGUGUCUCAUUCCAAAAAUUUAUCCUCCAACGGGAAUGAAGGAUUUUCGACCUAUUGCUUUAUGCAAUGUCUCUUACAAGAUUAUCUCAAAAAUUCUAGUGAACCGGUUGAAGAAUCAUUUAUCAAAUAUUGUCUCAGAGAAUCAGAACGCUUUCAUACCAGGAAGAUUGAUUUCAGACAAUAUUGUUGUGGCUCAUGAAAUUUUCCACAGUCUUAAAGCUAGGAAGAGACAAGCUAACUCAUACAUGGCGGUUAAGACGGAUAUUACGAAGGCUUACGACCGUCUUGAAUGGAGAUUUCUUCAAGAAACAAUGCGGUAUAUGGGAUUUGGAGAAAAAUGGAUAGGGUGGAUCAUGGCUUGUAUCUCUACAGUUACAUAUUCAGUUCUGAUUAAUGGAGCUCCAGAGGGUCUUAUUACACCGAAAAGGGGAUUAAGACAGGGAGAUCCCCUUUCUCCUUAUCUGUUUAUUCUCUGCGCUGAAGUGUUGUCUCAUCUCUGUAACAAAGCAAUGAGGGAUCGUUCCCUGCUUGGAGUAAAAAUUGCUAUACAAGCCCCUGCAGUUAAUCAUUUGCUCUUCGCUGAUGAUUCUCUGUUUUUCUCAUUAGCUAAUCCUAAAGCGGCAAAGAAGUUAAAAGAUAUAUUCUCCAAGUACGAAUCAGUCUCGGGUCAGGCAAUCAACCUGAGUAAAUCUACAAUCACGUUUGGCAGUAAGGUUGGUGCAGAGGUCAAAACAAGAAUGAGAAAUGUAUUAGGGAUUCAUAAUGAAGGAGGGAUUGGGAAGUAUUUGGGUUUGCCUGAGCAGUUUGGAUCCAAAAAGGGUGAGAUGUUUGCAUAUAUUGUUGAUAAGGUUAAGAAGGUCGUGCAUGGAUGGAAGCAGAAACACUUUACACAUGGAGGAAAGGAAGUUCUUCUUAAAUCUAUUGCUCUAGCCAUGCCUAUAUUUUCGAUGAAUAUAUUCCGCUUACCAAAGGAAGUUUGUGAGGAAAUCAAUGCUAUACUAGCACGAUUCUGGUGGGGCACAGGAGAGUCAAAGGGUCUACAUUGGUAUGCUUGGAAAAGGGUAUGCAUUCCAAAGAGAGAAGGAGGUCUUGGAUUCAGGGAUCUUGAAUCUUUCAAUCAAGCACUUUUAGGAAAACAAGUUUGGAGAAUAAUGCAAAAUCCAAAUUGUUUGAUGGCAAGAGUUUUGAGAGCACGCUACUUUCCAGAUGGUGAUAUCCUAAAAGCUACUCUAAAGAAAAAAUCUUCUUAUGCCUGGAAAUCAAUUCUCCAUGGAAAGGAUUUGAUAGUUAAAGGAAUGAGAUACAUCAUUGGCAAUGGGGAGUCAACAAAGAUGUGGACGGAUUCCUGGCUAAGUCUUCACCCACCAAGACCUCCAAGAUCACGAGGAGAAGUCAAUACUAACAGUAAGGUUAGUGAUUAUGUUUUAAAUAAUGGAAGGGGUUGGAACUUGGAUAAACUCAGAGAAGACGUCAUCCAAGAGGAUAUAGAGAAGAUCCUAGAAUUAAAGAUAAGCUCAAAGGCGAGGCAGGAUCUUAUGGGUUGGCACUACACGGAUAAUGGACUCUAUACAGUGAAAUCUGGUUACUGGUUAGUAACUCACCUCCCUGAUAAUAACUACAUUCCUCCAACGUAUGGUUCAGUCGCUUUGAAGCAAAAGUUAUGGAAAGUAAAGGUGCCAGCUAAACUGAAACAUUUUCUGUGGAGAAUAUCUUCAAGAAGCAUUGCAACCGGAAAUAAUUUGAAACGUCGACAUGUUACUCCUGAUGCAAUAUGCAAGCGAUGUUGGCUAGAGGAGGAAACAGAAGAACACCUUUUCUUUACGUGUCCUUAUGCAAAGAAAGUUUGGAGGGCUUCAGGUAUAAAUAAUUUGGUUUUAGACAGUACAAUGUCUACAUAUGAAGAAAAAUUAGAAGCUUGCUUACAAGUCUCAACGGCAACAUCUCUGAGUCAUUAUCAAGACCUGCCUAUUUGGAUUCUCUGGAGGCUUUGGAAAAGCAGAAACGUGUUAGUAUUUCAACAGAGAGAUUUCCAUUGGAAGAAUAUUCUGUCUGCUGCUAGGAGUGAUGCAAGGGAAUGGAGAAAUAUUGAAACACAAGAUAAUAAUGCUUCGGAUGGACAUAGCAUUUCUCCUACAAGCAGAAGUUCACAAAGAUGGAAAGCUCCACCAAACCGGUGGUUAAAAUGCAAUGUGGAUGCAUCAUUUAUUGAUACAAGAGAACCAAGCUCAGCAGGAUGGGUUAUUAGAGAUGAACACGGAAUCUAUAAAGGAGCUGUUCAGGUACAGGGCAAUAUGGUAUGUUCUCCAUUGGAGAGUGAGCUUCAAGCUAUUCUAAUGGCUGUACAUUUGAUUCUUUCAACUGGAAAAGAGAAAUACGGUGGUGGGCAGAGAAGAUUCAGAACAUCUCAUUUCAGUGGGUCAAAAGGGAAGCUAACAAAGUAG